ACACGGAUACGGGUUACAACUUACAAGUUAAAACUAAACAAACAUGGGUUCAUGGGCCUGGAUCCAAUCGAAAGCCCACAUGGUCGAUUGGACUAAGAACUAAGAAGGAGCCCUAUUUCUCAUCCUUUUUCUCUUCACGCCUCUUCUUCAGCUUCACUUCCCCGACAAAAGUUUCCGCCGGGCGUCCCCGAUACCGCCGCUUCGCCGUUGUUCAUCAGACCCCUUUCAGGUACAACGUUCGCCGCUCUCCGCCUCUUUCCCCUCCCACUCUGUUGCCGAUUUUCCUCUUAUCAGCUCUACAAAGCCUGUCUCUUUCUUUCCCCAAGUUCCGUACUUUCGACUUGGGGGAAACAAUGAAUUUGAAACGAAUAGUCAAUAGGCAGUCAGUGAACAAGUUCUCAAUAUGCUAUGGAAGAUUCAUUUCUCCACAUCUGAGAAAUGGGUACAGAGAUGUCUCCACAGUUUCAGUCUGUGCUCCGGCAAGCAGCAAUUUUGAUGGCUCACAACUCCCUCAAAACCGCCACUGCACUAUCUUCAGUAGCUAUCUCCAUUCCGCUUCUGCUUCUGCUUCACAACCUGACCUGAAACCCCAGUUCAGUUCUUCUGCUCCAAAGCUCGAUUCCGAUGAUUCAGGGGGUGAUGGAACCACGAACGAGUUCUUGUCUCGGUUUGCCUGGAUCAUGCGGAAGAAGCUAUCCGAAGCCUACCCCGAAUGUGAUAAGCCUACUGUCGAUGGUAUGCUUCUGGUUAUAGUUGACAAGGUUGUGUAUGAGAUGGAGAAAGGUAACUUGGACCAGAUGCUUGGGUCUGACAUUUCGUCCGAGGAAUUUAGCGAGGAUCUUUGGAGGACUGUCUGGGAAGUUAGUAAUUCCGUGGUGGAGGACAUGGAAAAGGAGAGGAAGAAGGAGAAAAUGAAGCACUUCUUGCAAGACGAGGAGGUGAAAGAAAUGUGUAGGUUUGCUGGUGAAAUAGGUCUUCAAGGGAACAUGCUUCGAGAGCUGAGGUUCAAAUGGGCGCGAGAGAAGAUGGAGGAAGCCGACUUUUAUGAGGGCUUGAAACGGCUUCGUGAAGAAGAAGAACAACAACAAGAAGAAAGAGGCCAAGGGAAAGCGGAAGCAGAAGGCGAGACUACUACUGGUGAGGAAACCCUGGUGACUGAGGAAGGGGAGGAGGCUAAGGUUGUUGAUCUUCCUAAGAGGCAUGGGAAGAUAAAGUACAAGAUUUAUGGGCUAGAUCUCUCGGAUUCCAAAUGGGGUCAAGUUGCGGAUAAAGUACAUAAAGCGGGAGAAGCCAUUUGGCCCCAAGAGCCUAAGCCAAUAUCAGGGAAAUGCAAACUAGUUGCUGAGAAAAUCCUGUCUUUGAAAAUGGAGGAUGAUCCUUCCUCUCUGCUGGCAGAAUAUAAAGAGCUCCAGGAGCCAAGAAAGGUUGAUUGGAUUGCGUUGCUUGACCAGCUGAAAGAACAGAACAGUAACUUACACCUUAAGAUAGCUGAACAUCUCUUGAGCGAGACUUCUUUCCAAGCAAAUAUCCGUGAUUACUCUAACCUAAUCGCUGCUCAUGCUGAAGAGAAUUGCGUAGAAGAUGCUGAGAGAAUCCUCCAGAAAAUGAAGGACAACAGUAUUCUCCCUGAUAUCUUGACUGCCAAAACUUUGGCACUUAUGUAUAGCAAGGCUGGGGAUAUGGACAAAGCUAGACAGGCAUUUGAGACUUAUUCGAGCCAUGGCUUUAAACCAGACACGAAGGUCUACAACUCAAUGAUUAUGGCAUAUGUAAAAGCCGGGCGGCCUGACUUGGGGGAGGAGCUAUUGCGGAGAGAUAUGGAAAUCACAGAAAUUGUUACGGAGGAAACAAUCAUGGCAUUGCUCGCCUCAUUCUCUAAACUGGGGGAUGCUGCUGGAGCUGGAAGGAUUUCAAGCACCAUGACAUUUGUAGGAAUCAAAGAUACUUUGGAAAGUUACACUUUGCUCAUAGAGGCAUUUGCUCGAGCCGGGGAUGUUAAGAAAGCAAGGAAUAACUUUGACCACAUGAUGAAAACUGGGCUGAAGCCUGAUGACAGGUGUACCGCCAGCAUAAUUGCAGCAUAUGAGAAGAGGAAUAUGCUGGACGAGGCAUUGGACCUUUUGUUGAAGCUGGAGGGUGAUGUUGGUUUUGAGCUAGGGGUUGCUACUUAUACCGUUAUGAUUGAUUGGUUGGGCAAGAUGGGUUUGAUAGAUGAGGUCGAGCAGCUGCUGGGGAAAAUCGCCAAUUUGGGGGAGGCGUAUCCUCUGAAGAUUCAAGUGAUACUUUGUGAUAUGUAUGCUAGGGCUAAAAUGGAAAAGAAGGCGCUUCAGGCUUUGGGGGUUCUGGAAGCUAAAAAGGAGCAACUUGGAGCGAAUGACUUUGAACGGGUUAUAAGGGGUCUUCUUGAUGGUGAAUUUGGCGAGGAGGCUAAAAGGAUAGAGAAGAUGAUGUUGGCACAGGGCCAUACUCAAUCAGAAUCGCUCAAAAUUGCUUUAGCAACGAAAGUUGCUUUAAAGUUCAAUAGAACAUUUAGGCGGACAUAACCAACUACGCAGCAUUUGCUAUUAGGUCUGAAGAUUAUCAAGACUAGUGGCAGCUGUCAAUGUGGCCUAAAUAUUGGAUUAUAAUCUGGGUAGGAAAGGUGCAAGAACCUAACUCCAGAUUUUUCUGCUUAUCCACUGAGUGCUUUGUGAUGCUUUACUAUAGUCUUGACAUUCUGUAAUAAUAAGUUCACUGAGUC